AUGGUUAAGGAAACAAAGCUGUACGACCAGCUGGGGGUCAAGCCCGAGGCGACCCAGGACGAGAUCAAGAAGGGUUAUCGCAAAGCUGCCUUGAAAUACCACCCAGACAAGAACAAGGACAACCCCGACGCCGCCGAGAAGUUCAAGGAGUGCUCACAGGCUUACGAAAUCCUCUCUGAUCCAGAGAAGCGCAAAGUCUAUGACCAGUACGGCCUCGAAUUCCUGCUGCGCGGCGGCGCCCCACCAUCAGAAGGAGGCGGGGGCAACCCCUUCGCCGGCGGUGGUGUACCACCAGGCUUCGCGGGCUUCGACUUCGGUGGCCCCGGCGGCGGCGGUGGUGCAAAGACGUUUCACUUUAGCACAAACGGAGGCGGCCCGGGCGGAUUUAAUUUCUCCAAUCCGGACUCCAUCUUUGCCGAGUUCAUGCGGAGUGGAGCUGCCGGCGGUGGAGGCGGUGACGACGACUUCGGCGAUCUUUUCGGUGCCUUUGGCGGCGGCGGUCCACGAGUCAGGGCCGGCGGCCCUCGCAUGAGGACCAGCUUCCCUGAUGCCGGUAUGGGCGGCGGCCGCAGCGCACGACAGCCAACACCAGAGGUAACCACGGUGGAGCGUCCGCUGCCCGUGUCUCUGGAGGACAUGUACAAGGGAGUGGAGAAGAAGAUGAAAAUCAAGGCUAAGAAGUUUGAUGAAAACGGCAAGCGGACCACGACUGAUCAGAUGCUCACUGUGCCCAUCAAGCCUGGCCUGAAGAAGGGCAGCAAGAUCCGCUUCAAGGGCGUGGGGGACCAGGAAGAGGGCGGUCAGCAGGACCUGUGCUUCGUUAUCGAGGAGAAACCACAUCCGAUCUACACUCGCGACGGCGACGACCUCAGCAUGAGCGUCGACCUCGAGCUGAAGGAGGCCCUGACCGGCUGGAAACGCACCGUGACUACCAUUGACGGGCGGCAGCUCAGCCUUGACAAGUCAGGCCCCACGCAGCCAGGUUCCCAGGACGUCUACCCGGGCCAGGGCAUGCCCAUCUCGAAGAAGCCUGGCCAGAGGGGCAACUUCAUCAUCAAGUACAACGUCAAGUUCCCAACCUCAUUGACCGCACAGCAGAAGCAAGCUCUCAAGGAGAUCCUAUAA